GAACGUAGUCUGGGUCGAGUCGAGUCGAACGUGUCGCAAGGUACUGUGGCCCUUUCUUCUUCGGUUGUCCCUCACGUAUUUUUCGGCCAGCCGGUGCUCCACGCCCGUGUGUGUACGUGCGAGAUCGAUUUAGGUCCGCGCUGACGACGAUUCAUGAAAGCGGCGACGAAAACGCCGGAUCCGCCGCCGCGUCUCGAUGUAACGACAUUUCCGGAAGGGAAACCGACGUUCGCUCGCGAAAUUUUUGGCAUUGACGGCACGCCGUUCGAAAGAACGUGAGUCACGAAAUCGUAUUAGAUAUCGCUUUUAGUUCCAUCGAGAAUUGACUUUGUUCCUUCGGAGAGGUUAAGUUUCGUGACGUUAUUAGUGUAAGAAGAAGCGCGGUAUUUUCAGUACUAAAUUGUUAAACAUGUCAGAAGAACAUCAGUUGCCUUCUGAUUCAGAUGAAGAUGACGAAGAUUAUGUUCCUGAUGGCGCCGACAGUGAUCCGGUGUCCGAAGUAGAAUCUGAAGGUGAUGUUGAGAGUAGUCCAGAGGACGAAAAUGAUGAAAACAAGAGAGAAACUGGACAGAAGAAAGGUGGAAAGAGAUCUAAGAGUCGAAAGAGUAAAAAGGCAAAGCGUAGGAGAACCUUAGAAAAGUCCAAAGUAUCGGAAGAAGAAAGUAAAGAGGAAGAAGAAUGUAAAGAGAAAAAAGAACUCACUGAGGAAGAGGAGAAAAAGAGAGCAGAUUCUCUUUGGGCUGAUUUCAUGAAGGAUACAGCUGUUAUACCGAAAUCAAAGCCACAGAAUUCAAUUAAUAGAUCAAAAGAAAGAUCGCCACCAAUUCAAAAGCCAAAAGUCCAAGAAAAGGUUAAGAUAACUAAAGUUUUUGAAUUUGCUGGUGAAGAAGUAAAAAUCGAGAAGGAAGUAGCGAUUGAUUCCGCCGAGGCCAGAUUGUCACUUUCUACAGCCGAAAAUUCUGCCGCGAAACCAUCGGAAUCCGCAUCUCCUGCGACCAGAGAACGUGGGCGAGGCGGCAUUCGACGUGUCGGAUUAGGCGGUAUCUCUUCGGUUCUGGGACAAAUCGGAAAAAAAGCCAAAAUUAGCACGUUAGAAAAAUCUAAACUAGACUGGGACAACUUUAAGAAACAAGAAAAUAUUGAAGAAGAGAUUAAUACUCAUAACAAAGGCAAAGAUGGAUAUUUGGAACGGCAAGAUUUUCUACAGAGAGCGGAUCUACGACAAUUUGAAAUCGAGAAACAGUUGCGAAAUUCUAGCAGGCGUAGUACACGGUGAAUUCACAUUUCUUGUCUUUUAAAUAUCUCUCUUCCUUCGGGAUGGGAAACGCCGAAAUAAUAAUGUCAUGGUAGAAGAUAUUUACUCGCCGACUUGCCAAACUCGAGCGCUUGUUGCACAUUUAGCCUAAUUCGUUCGAGUUUUGCGCUACAUUUUGAGUAAUACGUAAAGAAAACGUUGCCUCGCGUUUAACUUGACAACGUGCUACUGCUAGCGAUCGGUGGUUUCUUUAAGAAGAGACCGAUUAUUCCAGUGUUUUGAGACUCAUUUUCUCAUGCGUAAUAUAAUAGCUUAAUUUACUCUCAGCGAGCCUUUGUCUCGGCCUGACGACCGCACAGAACUUCGCAUCGAAGCAGAUUGUUCGAAGCUUUUGACGCUUCUUGGAAAGAUUGUGCUCAUGUAGAACAUGUCCACAAAAUAUUUUUUUAUUUCAUUUCAAUGGAAACACGAUACAUUUGCAUGUGUAGUAUGACUAUAUACGACAUUCUGAUAACAAUGAUUAGUCGGAAGUGAAUACGAAGGAAUAUGUGUUUUAGGUAAUAUAACAUAAUGACAUUGAUUGACCUCAUUCAUGACCACUGCCUCUGGCAAUGUAGGUGGAAUAUUAUAUUUAUAAAUGGACCUCGUAAUAGAUAAUAGAUCAUUAUGUUGAAGCAGUUGUGGCGAAUUUUGUAUAUCAUCUUCUGAAAUUGUUACAUAGAAAGAUAGUACAACAUAAAACAUAGACAUUGUUACUUUCGUGUAAUGUAUAUUAGACAGCAAUAUCAACACAACAUAUACAUAUACAUAAAUGUACUCUAUAUCCAAAUGAUAAUCCUCGAUUCAGCUCAGGUUACAAUAUCCUCGAUAUACCGAAUUUGAGAUACAUUUUAGUGUAAUUCCACACACAAGGACUGCUUUACAUUUGUGAAUUCUUUAACAAUAUUACCGAAUAAAUUGUCAAAAACAGAUGGAA